AUGUUAUUGCUCUUAUAUGCUAAUGAUGUUAUUCUCACUGGUAGCAGUUCACAAUUAAUCAGUCAAGUUGUCCAAGCUCUUACUCAAGAAUUUGAAAUGAAGGACUUGGGACAAUUACAUUUCUUUCUGGGAUUGCAGAUUACUUAUACAUCAGAAGGCUUGUUUGUAUCACAGAUAAAGUACAUCACUGAGUUGGUUGAUAAAGUGGAUUUACAGGAUUCUAAACCAUGUAGCACAUCAUAUCUACCCUAUCACAGGUUACUUAAGGAUGAUGGACAACCUUAUCACAGUCCUGAGCAAUAUAGGAGUGUUGUUGGUGCACUUCAGUAUCUCACGUUUACAAGACCUGACAUAGCGUUUGCAGUUAAUCAGGCUUGUCAAUUUAUACAUAAUCCUAUGGUCUCUCAUGUCAUUGCUGUAAAGAGAAUCAUUCGAUAUCUCAAAGGAACAUCUACCUAUGGUAUUCAUUUCAAACCAGGACCACUACAUCUGCAAUCUUAUAGUGAUGCAGAUUGGGCAGGUGAUCCAAAUGACAAGAGAUCCACUUCAAGUUUUGUUGUGUUUCUUGGUUCAAACCCUAUUUCGUGGGUGUCGAAGAAACAACACACUGUGUCUCGAUCUUCCACAGAAGCUGAAUACCGUGCCCACGCAAUUACAGCUGCUGAACUUGCUUGGAUUCGACGGCUAUUCUGUGAUAUGCAUAUUCCUUUACCUUCUUCUCCCAUGAUAUAUUGUGAUAAUAUAUCCGCUAUUGCCCUAUCUACAAAUCCUAUGUUCCAUGCUAAGUCCAAACACAUUGAAAUAGACUAUCAUUUUGUUCAGGAGAGGGUCACUCGUGGAGAUCUUCAAGUUCAGCAUGUGCCCUCUGCCGAUCAGUCUGCAGAGAUACUUACAAAGGGUUUGUCUGCACCUUUGUUUCAGCAGCAUUGUGCCAAUCUAAUGCUCAGUGCUCUCGAGCAUCAGAUUGAGGGGGGAUGUAAGAAGAAUGAAGUGGAAAAUAGUGGUCCAAGUGAAAAGGAUAUCAAUGAUUAA